AGGGCUGGGGAACCGCGGCAGGAGGGACUGGGACACCCGGGGUGGUGCAGCUGGAGAGUCCGAGCUGGAAAGCUGGGAGUACUGCACUCUCCCUUUCUCCAGGAGGAGCUGAAGCCCAGAAGUCCCCACCAUGGAUUUCCAGCACCGCCCGGGGGGUAAAACGGGCAGCGGGGGCGUCGCCUCGGCCUCCGAGAGCAACCGCGACCGGCGGGAGCGGCUGCGGCAGCUGGCCCUGGAGACCAUCGACAUCAACAAGGACCCCUAUUUUAUGAAAAAUCAUCUGGGCUCCUACGAGUGCAAGCUUUGCCUGACGCUCCACAACAAUGAGGGGAGUUACUUAGCACAUACCCAGGGGAAGAAGCAUCAGACCAAUUUGGCCCGACGAGCUGCCAAGGAAGCCAAGGAGGCCCCUGCCCAGCCUGCCCCAGAGAAGGUCAAAGUGGAAGUGAAGAAAUUUGUGAAAAUUGGGCGCCCAGGCUACAAAGUGACCAAACAGAGAGACCCAGAAACAGGCCAGCAGAGCCUUCUCUUCCAGAUCGAUUACCCCGAGAUAGCUGAGAGCAUCAUGCCCCGGCACCGCUUCAUGUCAGCCUACGAGCAGCGCAUCGAGCCCCCGGACCGGCGCUGGCAGUACCUGCUGAUGGCAGCAGAGCCCUACGAGACCAUCGCCUUCAAGGUGCCAAGCAGAGAAAUUGAUAAGGCAGAGGGAAAGUUUUGGACUCACUGGAACAGAGAAACCAAACAGUUCUUCCUUCAAUUCCACUUCAAGAUGGAGAAGCCCCCGGCCCCCCCAAACCUCCCCCCGGGGCCCCCGACCGUCAAGCGGCCGCCGCCCCCUCCCCUGAUGAACGGGCUGCCCCCGCGGCCCCCCCUGCCCGACUCCAUGCCCCCUCCUCCCCCUGGGGGCAUGGCCCUGCCCCCCAUGCCCCCCUCUGGGCCAGUGCCACCCCCGCCAGUGCCCCCCCAGCUGCCCCCAGCGCCCGGGGUGCCCCCCCCUGCUCCCCUGCCCCCCAUGAUGCGGCCGCCGCUCCCCACGGAGGGGCCGGGCACCAUCCCCCCUCCCCCUCCCUCCAACUGAAGCCCCUCCUGGGCUCCAUCCCAUGGGAUUUGUGUCUUUUUAACUGCAGCUCCACCCCCCCGAUUCAGGGAACAGUUCCUUUUUGUAUGUCUGGAAAUGGGACUGAAUUCUGUAGGUUCAUUAAAAGGUUUUCCAUUUUCGUUUCCCUCUG